AUGCAGUCAAUUUCCCACAGUUCAACGAGUAACAUCAUAUUUUGGCAGAAGAGGGCUGCUAUAGGUUACAACGUAAAUUUGAAAAUAAGUUUUGGAUGCGGUGGUACCAUAAUAUCGGAGCGCUAUGUAAUGACGGCUGCACAUUGUGUAAAAGCAGGACGUCCAUCGCUAUUGGUGCGAUUGGGAAAAAAUUUCACACGACAUCCAAAUUAUUCGAUGAGAACGAAUAAGAACGAUAUUGCAUUGCUCCGACUCACAAAUAAGAUUUCGUUCAACAAUAACAUUAGACCGGCAUGCUUGCACACAGAUAUGGGUGAUAUCGUUAAUCGAACAAAACUAAUUGUGACCGGCUGGGGCAUCACUAUUACCCCCCUCCCCCUGUGA